GACAAAACAGCUGGUUUUAGGUUAGGAUUGAGCGGUCUGCUGUUGCAAGUUGAGUUUGCAGUCUGAAAACGGCGAAGAAGUGGUUGAGUUAUGUUUUUAUUUCUAUUGAAACUCAUACAAGGCUAGUUCUUAGUUUUUCUUGUUUAAAAUGAGUAAUUAGAUUUUUCUCAUUGGAAUCUCGUCAUUCCUUUAAACUUGUAGCCGAAUGUUCGUUAAUUUUGUAGGUUACUAGCAAAACAGUUUUAGCUCAAAACAUCAUCUUAAUUUCAUUUCUGUAUUUUUUAAAAGUUUAGUGCAACUUUAUAACAUUCAAAGUACCUUUUCCAAAGAAAGAUUCUGUGAUUACAGGUCCGUUAUAAUUUGUCCAAAAUGAAGGUUUUUACAGCGAUUGUUUCAGUGUUUAUCGGAUGCUGCAGUAAUGUCGUAUUUUUGGAGCUUUUAGUCAAAGAGGAUCCUGGCAGCGGUAAUCUCAUUACAUUCUCUCAAUUUCUAUUCAUUGCAAUAGAAGGUUUUAUCUUCACAAUGAAAUUUGGAACAAAAAAACCCAAAGGAGGGAUAUGGGACUAUGCAUUGCUGGUGGUGAUGUUUUUUGUAGUUAAUGUAUGCAAUAACUAUGCAUUUGAUUUCAACAUUCCAAUGCCUCUCCAUAUGAUCUUCAGAGCGGGCUCUCUGAUAGCGAACAUGAUAAUGGGAAUUAUCAUUUUGAAAAAAGUAUAUAGUUUCUCCAAAUACCUAUCAGUUGGUAUGAUAACUGUAGGAAUUGUGAUAUGUACCAUUAUUUCUAGUCAAGAAGUGAAAAGGACUGGCCCAGUAAAAGAUGAUUUACCAGUCAAUGAAGCUGAGGAUUUUUUCUGGUGGGUUGUAGGAAUUUCAUUGUUGACUGUGGCCUUAUUCUUGUCAGCUAGAAUGGGAAUUUACCAAGAGGUUUUAUACAAAAGGCACGGUAAACAUCCUUAUGAAGCUCUGUUCUUCACGCAUACACUUCCACUCCCGGCGUUUGCAUUCUUGUACUCGAACAUAGCCGAACACUUCAUGAUGGCUCUGAACAGUCCUCCUUUGGUGAUUCCAAUCAUCAACUACUCAGCGCCGCAAUCCAUCGUCUAUCUUAUUGGAGAUGUCUUGUCACAAUACAUGUGUAUAAGUUCUGUGUAUGUUCUAACCACAGAAUGUACGUCACUUACGGUGACGCUGGUGAUAACUCUUAGAAAAUUUGUUAGUUUAUUGUUUAGCUUAGUUUAUUUUAAAAAUCCGUUCACAGUCUACCAUUGGAUUGGGACAAUUUUGGUGUUUAGUGGUACAUUGAUAUUUACAGAAGUGCCGCAGAAGAUAAAAAGUAAUCUAAUACAGAAAGAAGAUGUAAAGUCUGUUAAAAGUAAAAAGGUCAAGUGAAAAGGCAUAUUUUUGAACCCAAUUAAGUUUGUUUACUGUGACCCAAAUUGGAAUUCCCUCCUUUCUACUAUUAGAUGUUAUUCUCAUGAGUCGUGGUAUUCAUAGAAUGUUAUUGGCAAUUUUCGAUUCCAAAAACCUCCAGCUACAAGGCAUUUUAAGUGUAAAUAAGGAUAUGUAGUGUAUAAUGUGAACUGAGAACAAAUAAGUGAUCGCCUAUACUAGCUAGAAAAAACGUGAUAAGUUAUUUGUUGAGAAAUUCCAGGUUUAUACAGUUUAAAUGAGGUGAUAAACGUUCAAUUUGAUGAGAAUCAAACAUUAUUGUAUGUCAAAUCUUCGCCUGCACAUAAUUUAUAUUUAAUAAGUAAUUAAUAAAUUAUAAAGAUUUUUGUAGCAGAUUGGAAAAACUUCAUGUAUCAAGUCUCCGCCUGCACAUAAAUUAUAUUGAAUAAUUAAUAACUUCUAAAGUUUUUAUGUAGUGGAUUAGGAAUACUUCAACUGUAAGUGAUUUUAUAAUAAUUUUUAAUGGUUGUAGCUCUGUCACACUCUAUAAAAAUGUUCAUAUUGAAUAAAAAAUUCGUAUCUCAAA